GGGUCCUAAAAUAGAAAACCGGAAAUGGUUAGAGCUGUUUCUGCAAUUAGGCCCACCCAUGAUGAGAAAGGAAACUUUUAGUCCUCAAAAAAAAAUCACUAGUAGAAUCAUUAGGUGUUGUAUUUUGAAUGGACACAUGAUCAGAUGCCUUUUGCAAAACAUCCAGCGUGAUCAGUUCAAUUAUAUUUUCGAUGAUUAAAAUGUUAUAUGGAUUGAAAUUUAUCAGGCCACAUUUUGGUUUUGAAAAUCUAAUGCAGUAAUGACUUCUGUAGCAUUGUAUAUACAAUAAUUCCCAGCAAGGUAAGGAUUUAGGUCUCUAAUAAAGGUUUAAUGAAAGUGCUGUAUUGCUUCAUCUUCAUGAGAGAAGAAAGGUCUGUUGGUAGCAUAUUAUUCUGGGGCAGUGGCACAGUUGAACAGUGCCAUGUUUUUAGACCUCCUAGCUUGUACCAAGGACACUGGAAGGCCGUCAUUUACCCUUUCCCCUAUAUUGGCUUUAUCCCCCUCCCCUUUUCUGCAUGGAAAAUGAACUUCCAGCACCAACACAGCAAUACCAACACUCAAACUGUUUUUGCCCUUUUUGAUCCCCUCCCUAGGGCUGCAGGGGGAUUGACACCUCCACAACCCCAGCAGCCAAAGAAGGAGUGCCCAUUUUCAUCAUUUAGUAAGUUGUUUCCACAAAAUGGAGGGAAUUAGUUCACUAGAGAAGUAUUACUCUUAUCCCAAAUAAGCCUACUCUAGCCUUGGUCUUAUCUCUUUUGGAUACAUUUGCAGGGUCAAUCAGCUGGGUUUAAAUAGGUAUUUCCAUGACCCAGUUAAGCAUGUUGUGCAAAAGGCCAGUAAUUCUUCCUCUCAAUUGCUAUCCAAUGGCAGGCAUCUUAAGUAGAGGCUGCUUAAUGCAGUUUCCAAACUUGGCACCCCCUAAAUGGCUUGAAAUACAGGUAGCUCUUGACUUAAGCCAUUUGUUUAGUGACCGUUCGAAGUUACAGUGGCACUGAAAAAAGUGACUUUUGACUAUUUUUCACAUUUACAACCACUGCAGCUUCCCUGUGGUCACACGAUCAGAAUUCAGAUACUUGGCAACUGACAAUGUAUUUAUGAUGGUUGCCAGGUCCUGGGGUCACGUGACCAUAUUUGCAACCUUCUGACAAGCAAAGUCCAUGGGGAAGCCAGAUUCACUUAACGACUGCAUCACUAACUUAACAACUGCAGUGAUUCACUUAAGAACUGUGAAGAAAGAGUGAGGCAAGAAAGAAGCAGCACAGGAACUGAGGCCAUGCUGAGUGAAACUGAGAUCUCCGUUCACCUAGCUCUCCAAAAGGCGUGGCUGCAAUUAAGCUUGCAAUCAACUCCUUUAAACACUGUCCAGAUAUGGAAAACCCAGAGGUUGAGUCAGACUUUCUCCGAAGUGUGCAUGCCCUUCUUCGGGAACUUGAUGGCCAUCAUCCAGCCUUCCAGAGUGAGAGAGGGAUGCUGAGAUGGACCUUGCACAAGAAAAUGGACCGGAAUCCCCAAAAUGGAAUCCUCUGGAUUAAAAUUUUGGUGAAAGAACUUGAAAGAGCAGAAAGAUGUAACCAUCAGAAGCACAUCAUCCCUCUGCUUCACACACUGAUGUAUACACUGAUCAAAGUGCCUUGCUUAUCUGAUGACUUAUAUGAGAGGGUCUAUGAUUUUUUUAAGAAGUUGCUUACUUUACCCAAGCCUUUCUGCACUAUUGGUUUGGAUUAUGCUUGCCAACUGAAACUAGAACGCGCAAUACCAGGGAUAUUAUACCAAAGGAAAGUCUCUGCAGAACAGGGUCUCAAAAAUGACUCAUUCCCUUAUCAGGAUAAGAUUUUCAUGUUUGUUGAUCCAGAUUUGCUCUCUGGGGCUGUGUGCCAAGCACUAGUUGAUGAAAUCAAGGCUGCUCAAAUGUUCCAGUGUGCCAGGUCCUGCAUGAUCUAUGUAAUAGCGCAUGCCUUCCAAACAGGCCUGAAGGAACAUUGUGAUAUGAGGAACUUGCAUGAAGUAUUUCAGGCAAAACCCUUAGAUGAGAUUGAACACUGUUUCCAAGAAGUGAUGGCAGCAACUGAACAUGCAGUUGAAGAAAUGAAUCUGGAAUAUAGUCGAUAUGUUGAGGCCCUUGAGAACAUCUAUAGCACAUUGUUGAGUUCUUCAGAGAGAAGGGUGAAGAAGUCUUCAGUAGGCAAAAGUUCAGACAUCCCUUUGCCCAACCCUAAGAUUAGCUUCCACCUGUGGACUGAUGAAGACCAACUUUGGAAAGAGCUGGUGCAGUUUCUCCGUUCACCAAGUCAGAGUGGUGAACAGGAUUCUCUGAGUCCAGGAAUUGAUGGCUUUGAAUUUCAAGAUCUGGUGCCAGAUUAUGACUGCUGUGAACAGACACGUUUCUCUGUGCUCUCCAAUGACAGUGGGAUUGAGCGAGACUUGCCCCUUCUGGCUGAUGACAUGCCAACUUCCUGCAAUGCUGAGACUGAGCACUCUCGGCUCCAGAGAAAGGGUUGCAUGAAGAAGAAAUAUGCAGAUAGCAUAGCUUUGCUUCAGAGUAAUUGCAGUGGGCAAGGUGCAAAGCCAACUGGGAAACUGCAGCGGAAAUACGGUGGUAGUAUCAUAGAACCAAUAGUUAAAGUGAAAAAACUGCAUACAGCUCGGGUCUUGGUGCUGGGUGAUGACAGGAUACUGGGACGCCUUGCCCAUGCCUAUCACUCUUUGAGGAAGCGAGAAAGCAGGCGAGUGUUUCUUACACAAAGGCUAAAAGUACAUUUUUAUUAUGUGCCUCUUGUUGAAGAGCAACCAAUCUCUUCCCUUACUGAGGAAGAGCCAUGUGAGUUGGCUGCCUAUCUUGGAAGAGCUGAUCCGUGGUAUGAGAGCAAUAUUAAUUCCCUCUGUUACACAAUUCCGAAGCUGGCCACCAUGCUUUCUUCACCAAGCAAAUCCACACUCUCUGAAUUGUUUAUUAUUGAUGUGAUUACAUAUUAUGUGCGUCUGGGCUUACAGCCAGUUUUCUUUCAAGUCUAUGCCGUGAAGAUUUUUUUUAAUAAUGCUGCCUUGGAGCCAGUUGAGGACAUUUUCCUCACUGAGUUAAGAAUAAAUUUUGAAGAGUUCAGCCCUUCCAGAGACAAUUUACCAACAAAGAAGAAACCAACAAUAGAAUUUCCUGGUGCAGAACUUACAUUAUUCUAUAAAAAGGUUUUGCUGAGUAACCGUGAACAGGAUGAGAUGAUUUCUUUGCGAUCUACAGGCCUUGUUAUAAAAACCAUUCCUUCACGUGAAUUUGAAGGUAAAAGUUAUGAUCUAGUGUGCUUGACUGUAAAUAUUGAUGAAGUCAUAAAAACCUCCAACAUUUCAGGACGAUCAUAUUCUUUAAUGACAAAUACUAUACGAAUGCGCGACAUCAGUCUCAGAAGUACAGAACAAAGAUCUUUUACUGUGUUCCUUGACAAGGAUUCCAGGCGAGCCUAUAAGAAUGUUAUCAGUAUUCAAGUGUUUCCUUGCCUAGAACCCAGCUACUGUUUGCAAAAGUCAAGAACAAAACAGACCAACUUGCAAGGGGAAGAAGGCAAUGAUAUAGGACUGGCCAAAUACUUACCUAAGUCUUUACUCUUACCCAUCAAUACUUUUGCAGGCAUUAUUCGAUAAAGAAGCUGAUAAUCCCAACCUUUCAAAUCUUUUGUUGAGUUUCAUUAGGAAUUAUUCAGGGAAAGAAAGGUGUCAACAUGAAAAGAAAAAAAGUAUUGUCAACAGAAAAGUCAGGUUUUUAGCAAUAGAAAAAAAAAAAAGAUCCCAUCCAAUAUAGGAAAAUUUUGUAGCAAUAGCAUGUCAGGAGCAAGGAACCAGAACUACUCCAUGAAUAAGCCAAAGCAGUUUCUUUAUUGUUAAUCACCUGUUUUUAUAAGACUCUUGCCAGACUUGACCGCAUUCGCUUGAGAACCGGUGAAUAAGGGCUUCACUAGUCUGGCCUUUGUCGCUUCCUGCCACAGACUGACACAGUACUGGUGCACCUCUUUACUCCCCCCUCUCCUUUAACCAGUGAUUCCAUCACAUUGCAUGAGAUAAAGGAAAGUGGCUUCUGAUGCAAAAGAAAACAAGGUAUGAAAUCUUUAAGCUACUAUACUGUGUUUUCUUUGAAUAAAGCAGUUCUCAUUAAUCAGAUUAAGAAAGCUUUCAUUUUAUCAUUUGUGUGGCAAAUGUAAUUAGAUUCCUUACACAGAGGCUUUGUUAAAUCUCAGCUGAGGGAGGUGUUGUCAUAAAUUUAUCACAGACAAGCUUAUUCUAAAAAAAAAAAUCAUAUAUAAGCUUUGUCCCAAAGUAAAGAAUUUAGAUUUAAUAAAGCAGGAAGCAAUGUUUCUUUCGUUAGAAAAUAAGUGGAAUAAUGUGAAACAAAUGUGUGCAUGAAUUCUUAUAUUAUAAUGGUAGUCAAGGAAACAAGAAAAAUUUGUAAAUUGUACAGUGACUGCCUUUAUUUCUGAUUUGGCCCCUUUUGCUUUCAGUUAUUCAGUACAUUUCCAGGAAUAGCCUCUCUGCUUGCUUCAGCCAUCUUGACCCCAAUUGUCUCAUAUUGCAAGAAACCUAAAUUUGUUACUUGAAUGCUCUGUUAUUUAUCCCUCUUUCUCCUUUCAUCCUAAAAUAAUGUUUUUGUGACCUUCUAUCCAGUUGUUUUCCAAUUUUAUUGACAUCUUUUCUCUCACCCUGGAGUUACCUUAGCCUGUUUCUCACUUAAUCACGGUCCCUUGGUUUUGAUCUUCUUUUAUGUCCUGUGAUUUUAUGUAUCUUUUUAAAAUUUCAUUGAUUCUCCCUUCACAUUCUGUGUCUAAAUAAAUGUUUUUAAUACACAAAUAUGUCCUUGAAUCAUCCCAGGUGAGUCCAUGCAAUUUUCUUGGCAGUGUUACAAAAUGGUUUGUCACUGUCUUCUUCAGGGUCUUACCUGCACCCCCACAUCUUUGCAGUUUAGUCUACCCUGGAAUUCCUAGACAAUCCCUCCUCUAAAUAUUGACAGGGCCCACUGCUUAGCUCUUAAUAUCAGCCAGGCUCAGCUGGCUGCUGAUUUUAUUGAGGUCUGUUACUAUACAGAUCUAUUACACAAAUUAUGAUAAUAUAUGAAACUCAUUCUGUUUUGCUGCACUGGUGAUUUGGGGAGCUAUAAUUUCAUGAAAUAAAGAUAAUCAUACCUGAAUCAGGUUGCUGAAGAAUGCUUUGAUUGUGAAGGCAACAGUAGGUGACCAUCCUGAGGUACAGGUAUUGUAGCUGAAGGGAUCAUUCCUGUAUAUGAUGCACACGAGGAUUAAACGAUCAAAGUUGAGUAGAGUUCAGGCGUAUGUUCCUGCCUCCUACAGUAUUCUUAAACUAUUCUGUUUUUCAUUUUGCUUACUGAUCCCCACUGGUUCUUCAGGAUAAUUUAGGAAAUAAUACUACUGGUAAAAUGGAAUGACAAAAAUAAAAAUUCUAGUAAAGUAUGACCAUGAAUAUCACAAGGGGAGAAAAUAAUUGUUUUAGGGAUGUUACAAAAGUUUGUCUGCUUUCUGCGGCCACUUCUAUUACACUUUUUAUAUUGCUUUCUAUUCAAACCUGCUUUAGCUAUUAAUGCACACACACUCUUCCUAUAAAACACGAAUAGUUUACAUGAAAGGAACAGACUGCAAGUUUUAUGCAGCAUGAUGUUUAGAGUUCUCAGAAGCAGCCUUUAUACAGUUUUGUCUUUCUAUUUUUCUAAGUAAUGGACAGGUAUGUCCAUGGGGUUCCAUUCAGUUGCAUAAUCCUUGUAAAUAGACAAAAGCUGGAAUACCGAAGGGAUCACAAACAUUCAACAGAGCAAUAAUACAAAUUAUAUAGGUUGAGUAAUGAUGGAUGGAAAAACAGAUCAUAUAAAACUAAUAUUUUCAUGAGCUGCUGUAAAGGUCAAUCUCUUUUUAAGAAAUAAAAGAUAUAAUUUUAAGCAUGGUUUAAAGGGUUUCCUAAACAUGGUGCUGCAGCUAAAUGUUUACAACCCAAAAGUUAUUAGAUUGUUUUGAAUAUUAUAUCUGUAUUAAAUGGGGAUGUACAUUGUGUAAAUACAUUAUAAAUUAUUUGUAUAGAUAUAACAUCUGCUGGAAAGUGGCAGUCUUUAAUUUCAUUAAAUAACUUUUUAAAAAGUUGAA